UUCACAACAAAACAAUUUUCUCACAAACAUAACAGAAAGAAAUGACACACAGAGUUGUUCUGUCUCUCCUCCCUUUUCUCUUGCUCUGGCUGAUUAAUAACCAUGGAAGCUUUGCAAGAGAUAUGAACCAAGUUGAUCAGCCUUAUCUUGAUGGCUGGCUAAAAAAUACUCCACUGAAGAACCAAAUACCCUCCCCUGACUCCAAUCAAGUUUACCUUGAUGGAUGGUUGAAAGAUACAAGAGGCGAGAAAGAAAAAGUCAACUUUGACUCCAACCAAGUUUAUCUUGAUGGAUGGUUGAAAGAUACUGGAAGCGAGAAAGCCAAAGCCAAUCCUGACUCCAACCAAGUUUACCUUGAUGGAUGGUUGAAAGAUACCCGAGUCGAAAACGCAAAAUCCAACCCUGACUCCAACCAAGUUUACCUUGAUGGAUGGUUGAAAGAUACUCGAGAUGAAAAUGCAAAAUCCAACCCUGACUCCAACCAAGUUUACCUUGAUGGAUGGUUGAAAGAUACCCGAGCUGAAAAUGCAAACUCCAACCAUGUUUACCUUGAUGGAUGGUUGAAAGAUACCAGAGAUGAGAAAGUCAUAGCCAACCUUGACUCCAACCAAGUUUACCUUGAUGGAUGGUUGAAAGAUACUCGGGCAGAGAAAGAAAAAGUCAACCCUAACUCCAACCAAGUUUACCUUGAUGGAUGGUUGAAAGAUACUAGAAACGAGAAAGCCAAAGCCAACCCUGAAUCCAACCAAGUUUACCUUGAUGGAUGGUUGAAAGAUACCCGAGCCGAAAAUACAGACUCCAACCAAGUUUACCUUGAUGGAUGGUUGAAAGAUACCCGAGCCGAAAAUGAAAAAUCCAACCUUGUCUCCAACCAAGUUUACCUUGAUGGAUGGUUGAAAAAUACCCAAGCUUUGAAAGAAAAACCGACUCUUGACUCCAACCAACUUUACCUUGAUGGAUGGUUGAAAGAUAUACGGGUUGGGAAAGAAAUUUCCUCCCCUAAUUCCAACCAAGUUUACCUUGAUGGCUGGCUGAAAGAUAGCCAUGUUGAGAAUUCCAAGCAAGCUUACCUUGAUGGUUGGUUGAAAGACUCACAUGCAAAUAACCACAUUAAAACUGGACAAGCUUAUGCGGAAUCAGACAGAAAACUACCUUCAAAAGUUGACCAUACAGAAGCAUUUAAGGUAUUUUUUUUUGGUAUAGAAGAUCUUUAUGUAGGAAGUGUAAUGACCUUGCAAUUUCCUAUCGUUGAAUAUGCUAAUUUCUUGCCCAAAAAAGUUGCCGACGACAUUCCGGUUUCUAAAUCACAAAUUCCAAGCCUUCUUGAUCUAUUCUCACUCACAAAAGAUUCUCCAAAAGGUGAAGACAUGAUAGGCAUAAUUAAUCAAUGUGAGUAUGAACCACAAAAAGGGGAGACCAAGGCUUGUCCUACUUCAUUAGAGUCCAUGGUUGAAUUUGUUCAUAGUGUUAUUGGCGCAGAUACAAAAUAUGACAUUCAUUCGACUAGCUAUCCCACAACAUCAGCUGUACCUUUGCAAAACUACACUGUUUUGGAUAUCUCAGAGGAUAUCUAUGCUCCUAAAUGGGUAGCAUGUCACCCUAGGCCUUACCCAUACUUGCUUCACUAUUGCCACUACCUAGACAUAGGGAGUAAGAUUUUCAAGGUUCUUCUAAAGGGUCAAUAUGGAGACAUAAUGAAUGCUUUGGGAAUUUGCCACCUCGACACAUCUGCUAUGAAUCCUACUCAUUUUUAUUUUGACCUACUUGGAAUGAAGCCUGGGGAAGGUCCAUUGUGUCAUUUCUUCCCUGUUAAGCACCUUCUAUGGGUGCCACGCCCACCAGCUGCCACCAAGUGAACAUAAGGAAACUACUAGUUCAUAUCUUUGUUAGUCGAUAUAUGUGUCCUGUAAGGCCUUGUUUGUGCACUAAGUAAGGUCUUGUUUCUAAGAACUAGAUAAUUGUGUUUUAAAAUAAACCUCAAUUUAAAGAUUGAGAUGAAGUCACAUUAGUCUAGUAUUUCAAACUUAGGCAGUUGUUUGUUACACCUUUAAGUAAGUAGUUUAACAUAAUUAUCCUAGUAUUAGUAUGUGUGUUAUCCUCUAUAUUGUAAUUCUACUUGUAUUAUUGAAUAUUAGAAAUUUCCUUAA